AUGACAAGCAAAGUUAAAAGCAGAAACAAGCUUCUAUCGUCGCAUAAGAAAUCACUGCUCGCAAAGUCAUCAACCAAGGAUGAGUUGUUGGCUUUGAAAUAUCUGAUGGAUAGGCCGUGCCUACCUGUAUAUGCACUUGAGGAAGCCUCCGCAAUUGACGGUACACGCUCGAAAAGCACUGGUGAAGAAGCGGCGGCGAGUCAGGACCUCACCUAUCCAGAUUUUAUACCUUGGAAGGAUCAUACCCAAAUUUCUAAGGAGAAACAAGUAUCCAAUCAGCGUGAAUCCGACGAACAAACAUACUUGAGCAAAGGUUAUUUCGAAGCACCCCAUGUGAGCAAUGAAUACUACUCGGGGAGAAACUUGGCUCUGGCAGCAUUGUUUUCAUCAAAUGAAAAUUGCUUGAAUGUUGUCAACGAAAUAUCGCGAUACCUCACCAACGCCUAUAAAUCCCGAAAUGAGAAUAUCAACAAGAUUCGGUAUAGUGCAGGCAAUUUCAAGAUACCCCAAAAGAUUACGCUCACGGCAUCGAAACGAGAGAAUUGGCUUAAUGAGUUGAGCAAUUCGGAUGUACCGUUGAAAAAGAUUGGAGAAAGGAUUCCACAUGGAAUCAGAGGUAAAGUUCUCAUUGAUGCGCUAUGUGCAAGAUUCACUCCCAUGAACAGAGCUUUGUGGUUUACCAAGUGUGUUUUGUUUAGCGAAAUAUUGGCUUUGAGGCGAAAGUACCAGUCAAAGAUGCCACCUGAAUCCACUCUGUCUGAAAAGUUUGAAUUACAUUGGUUACAGGAUUGGACACAGCAAGUUGCUGCAUGUAUGUUCAAAAUGGCGCAAGAUAUGAUGGAGACUCAAGACAUUGCUUCAAAGGAGUAUCUCAUUAAAAAAUUAAGCUAUCUUCGAGAGCUUGUUCUGUCUUUGUAUGUGGAAACUUUAUUGGAUAAACCUUACUUGCUUUCGCUUGUAUUGAAGCCACUUAAAGAUGGAUUACCACAAAAUUCAGACGCAGUGGGAGACUUGGUAAGAUCACGACAAGCUGACGAUGAAGAUAAUCAGGACACUUUGAUACAGGACGAGUUGAAUUUUGCUAUCGACUACGCACAGCGGUUUUCGUCAUUAGUAUGGAUCAAGACUUUUUGGAACGACAUUAUUGCUGUCGAUUAUUUGGCAAAAGAGUUGGGUGAGGGGUUGUUGCUAAAUCAUUUUUACGUUAGCAAAUUAUCCAGGUACCCUAAAUGGUUCUUACCGGAACACUUGAGGGACAACUUGCUAAAAUCAUUGAGUGACAUGAUAGUUUACCUUUUCAAACGCAACACAAAUACAUUUGUUAUCCCCGGUAACUGGGCUAUAACUAGGGAAUCGUUGGCACUGAUAUUGUCACACGAAAUGUGCAGUAUGUCACCGAGUGAGCUGAAAAAAUUGGCGGACCAACUUGAGCUUAUAAACUACCGAAAUGAUAGCUUGAUAAUCAAUUUGAGCAGAUCUGAGACUAUUGUUAAAUUGCCGAGCUCUGGUGACCCACAGGACGCGAACGCUAAUGAUAGAAAGGAUGUGCGGAUUCCAAGUGGCGAAAAAAAGUUUAAAGGGGAUCUAAGCAAUUCAGCCAAGCUCAUGGAUGAGUUGGACCAUUUGCGUUUUAAUGAGAAACUUGCAAAACAAUUGCGACCCCAAAAUGGACCCCAUAUUAAUGAAAAUUGGAUACAUAGUUUGAGAACAGUCCUAUUGUGGUCUGUGUCCCCUUGGCGAUACAGUGAGGUUCAAAAUGAAAACAUAUUAGUGAUGUGCAACUUUUUGAAAAAGACAUUAUUCACAGCGGCAGAGAUAUCUACUAGAGUGGAAGUUGAGAAUGAGAUUUUGGAUUCUAUUAUGACAUUUUUGGAAUUGAACUCUGGAUUGGUUGAUAGCAGCAAACUAUAUGUCAUGGUGAAUGAGUUGUACCAAUUGAAAGUAAUCACAAUUGCUUCUUACAUUAGGAAGAUCAUAGCUUCUGGUGUAUUCUACACAACUUUGGCUGAAAACAAUUUGAGUGAAAUGAGUUCCACCACUCAAAACCAUCUCCACUUUCUAGUGAACUUGCCCGUUUUGAACAACAAACAAUGUGACAGUAUUUUGCGGAAAUGGACUACUGAUGGAUUCAAUUUCAAAGGCGCUUUCGAGCAGACGAAACACCAACUUCAAUCGCAAAUCUUGGACAAGCUUUUCAGCAACAAAAGCAUUGAAACUCCACCUGAUUUUGACAAAGAAUGGCGGUCUUGCAAGACUGGAUUAAAGUUCCUACUCGUCAAUUGGUUGACUGACGAGUUUAAAACAAGACUUGCUUCCUCGCCAAAGCUUGUUAUUUUCACUCCCGACAUUUUAGCAAACUUGUACAAAUAUUAUGCAAUUUCAGACAAUCUUCCAGUAUUUUUCAAAGUUAUUGUCCAAGCAAUACUCAGAAAUCAAAGCAGAAUGGCAAUUCUUUAUCUGGAUGGACUUUUCCUUAUCGCGAGGUUGGUUAUGAGACAUUUCAAGCUUCUCAAACAGUUUUCUGACUCAACCAAUAGUUCCACCAUUGCAAAUCUUUUCCGGUCAAUUAUGCAAAACUUUCAGGAGUUGAGCCAACGCGAAUUUAUUGUUUACAAUUUUCAUCAAGUUUGGAGUUUUAUUGAUGCCGUGACUGAAAAGGAUGGAUCUUCUUGUAGAAAGCGAAAGCGGGAAGAUGGGCCGGAGUUUGGUGGUUAUGGGACUCUUCCGGAGAGAAAUAAUAGCUUUGGAACACCAAUGCAAAUACAAUCUGUCGACUUGAGGUCAGGCCACACCCCCAAGGUUUCAGACAGUUAUAGCUCAGAUGACUUUAGAACCGAUUUGGCUGCACUUAAGGCGUACAAGGCUAAGCCUUUGAGUGAGUCUGAGUUGAGGGAGUUGAGAGAGAUAUCUGCUGAUGUUAGUCUAGAAUCUCACUUGAAAAUCUGGUUUCUGCAGAUUAAAGGGCUUUCAGAAUCGUCAGAGGUUGGUAUUGUGAAAUUUUGGAAGCAUCUUACUCUCGGCGUCCCUUGGGAAAAAGUUGAAGAGGUUACCAAGACUGUUUUGAAAGAUGCAAUGCAAUCAGACUAUGAUUUGCCAACCAAGGUUCUCAUUCUCAAGAAAUUGGUUGUAUACGACAUAUCUUCGUAUGGAGACAUUUUGAAGCUUGUGGUCUCUUUAGAGAAAUCGUAUUCCGAACCUUUGAUACGUCACAUGCCAUUGGUGCCAUCUUUUUCGAAACACCCUGAUUUAUCAGCAGCUCAGCUGCAAUUGUACAAUAUUAGCCUUUAUUUUUUCAAAGAAAGAAACAAGCAGGAGUAUACGGCUUUGGUACUGAAUGCGUUCAUCAUUGGUGGUUUGCGAAACAAUGACUACCUGGACGAACGGAAAGUUGAGUUGAAGAAAUUUUUGAGUCAAAGUCUUCUUACUCAAGAGCAGUAUGUCUUUAACCAGAUAUUUUUGAAAAUAGAUCGAAAUGAAUGCUUGUUCUUGUUGAACCUUUGUUUGAAUAGGUCAGAAGACACAUCCAUCAAUUUACUUUCUGAUCUAGAGGAAAAUCUAGAGGAGAUCAAUGAGUUUAAUUUGAGGAUAUAUCAAGUGCUUCUUUGUGUGUUAUCUUUGAACUUGGAUAUCAAAGACAAAGCCGCAACAACCAAACGAUGGAGAUGUUUUAUUGAGAAUUUUUUGAGCAAGUCAGAGUUUCUUGAGAGAUCGAUAUUUGGCAGUUUAUUUUAUUGGGUUCCUUGGGAACACAAGUUGACAAUUUUGGAGAUCUUUGAAAAUAAAAUUUUUUCUGAGCUAAAGGUUGACAAAAAUCCGGUGGCAUUGACUUUGAAUGGCAUUGAUAUAGGUCGUGCUGUCAGUGACUUUAUCGAUAUAUUCUUGGCGACUGCUGUUGACACGGUGGCGUCUUCCAAUUCAUUUAUAUCCAACUGCUGUCAAUUUCUAGCCGAUAUCAACAAUGUCAUUAAUAAAGAAGUAUCGCAAGAGUGUCAUACUGGACUUGAAACUCUUUUGUCAAUUGUUUUGAAGAUUCUUAUUAUACACAAGCCCUCCAUAUGUACCUUUAUUGCCAAAAAUUUGACUGGUGACCUUGCUGAGAAUUUUGUCAAGAACUUGAUUCGGAUAUUGGACUCAAAAUACAUGAGAACCCAUAGUCAGAAAUUAAGGGUCCUUUUCCACGAUCUCUUGUUAUUGAUGAAGACAUCAGUGAAUGAUGAAAUUACAACGGUUGCUGAACACAACUUGCACGAGCAGCAUAGCGCGGAAGAAUUUAGGCAGAAAGAAGCCGCUUUAAUGGAUCUGUUACCAACCACAGCCCAAGUUCAAAGUUUAUUUUCCAUUCCUGAUCUUGAUGAGGAAGACCCCUUCAAGGGCACUUUUAGCGAUCGCCAAAUUAAAUGCGCAAUCAUGCUAGACAAGGAGGAAUUGGCACGCGGUGGAGAUGCCAAUCGUAUGAACCAUGGUGCUUUUAAACUACAAGUCCCCAAGGCGGAUUCAUUGAAUAUUCCUGAUAUUAUGGGCAAUAUUUUGAGAAAUGGAAAAACUGGAGAUCAAGGUGAAGAGCAUUUGAAAACAUGCAUACGUCCAUUUAGGAUAAGGAGUUACGAAUUGUUGGAAGAUACUAGUAGCGCUUUAAAUGAUGCCUGUAUCAAUUUGCUGUUGUUCAAUGCGUACAAGUCAGAGGAAAAUCCGCCAUAG